CAUCCGUGGGGGAAGCAGUGGCAGCAACAGCAGUGCUGCGUAUUCCACAUGGGGGAUCCGCACGUUACAGCAAGCUGCUUUCUCUUCCAACACAAGGGGUUGACGGUGCCGCAGUAGCGCGAGUGCACCAUGCAUUGCCUCUUUUAUCAGCGGCUGCCAGCAACAGCGGUGGCAGCAACAGCAGUGCUGCAUAUAUCUUCAUG